GAUAAUAUGGCUACUUCCUCUUCCAACCAAAUUACAAUCAUUCUUUUUUGUUUAAUACUUGCUACAAUCAUGUUUAAUUCAUCAUCACUAGUCACGUCUAAUUCCAUGAUGGUUCAGUGUGAUGAGAAGGAUGAGAGCAUAUUGCUCAAGUUUAAACAUGAAGUCACAGAUCCCUCUGAUGUACUCUCAUCUUGGUCUUCUGAUGAAGAAAAAGAUUGUUGUCAGUGGAGAGGAAUUCAUUGUGAUAACAUCACACACAGAGUUACAAAGCUUCAUCUCCCUUGUGAUACAAUCCAAUCUGAUGAAAUUCUUGAUCAAGAUAAUGAGAAACAGCACUGUCUAACAGGACACCAAGGAGAUUCUUCUUCUAGGAACUCCUAGGCAUGGUGUUUAUCAAUUUCAUAGAGUUGCUGUGCUGCGUUCUACUUGUGAUAGUGCUGCUAAGAAUGUUUCUUUUGCUGUGAAUAAUGCCCCUAAAGCCUUCACAGCACAAAUUAAUUCUUAUGCUUUAUAGCAUGAUAGGCUUGGCCAUUGUGCCACUAAUACUGUAAUCAAUAUAAUGAGACAAUGUAACUUGAC